AUGUCAUACUUCCCCUACUCGACUCGGUACCUUGCCGCGCGCGCUGACGUUGUGGCCCCCGACAGCUCCUCGCCCUCCACCAAGCGUAGCCUGAAACCGUCGCCCAUUGCAGCGAACCCCCAACCGAGCGUUCAGUACUCUGGACCGCCAGAGCUGCCCAGUUUACAGCCAGCGGCGUCAUUCACCACGGCGAAUCCAGAGGCUCACACUGGCGCUCAACCGCCACUGCCAUCUCCUACGAGCCGAAAGCGCAAGUCUGUAACCCUCGGACAGUCCCAGGAACAGAUGGCAGGUACUGCAGAUAGUGCAGAGGCGCAAGCGAGUAGUGCUGUGUUGCCACCCACGGCUGAUGUCGAUGCUGCACAGGAGCCCAAGACCAAGAAGAGUCGGACAAAUACGCCUUGGACGCCAGCUGAGGAAUUGAGAUUAAAACAAAUGAGAGAUGCUGGAAAUAGCUGGAGCGAGAUCGCAAAGGACAUGCACUAUGCCGAGUUCGCUGAGGACGAAAAGAGCGCCGCGCUGCUUGCCGCCAUCAAAGAAUACGAUGCCAACAAAUGGAAAGUCAUCGGUCAGAAGGUUGGCAAGCCUGCAAAAGCAUGCGAGCAGUACGCAAAGGAGAAUUUUGGCGGCAAGUACUGA